AGUAGGAUUUGUAGGCUUCACGUGGAGAAAUUCAGUUUGUAAAGUGCAUAUGUGAACAUACAGUCCACGAAUAUUCCGACAUAUGACGGCACAUAAAUAAAAAGAAGGCACACAAAUGCCUGUAAAAAGUUUGAGCAAAUAUUUCGUUUCGGUAUCGCCUUUAUUAGUGUGUGGGUAAUGACUGUGGUUGUCAUGGAAAUAUGAAGGCCUGCUAGGUCAUUGUGUCGCGCGCGUCACACUGGACUCGCUGACAGCAUGUCGGAGGAAGAAAGCAGACACACGGAGGCUGUUUUCACUCAGCUACAUCAAGGACAUAUUUAUGUCGACACAGGUUCCUCUGGGCCUGAUGAUAUUUUCGAGGAGGACUCGAACUCUCCGUCCUCCCUCUCCUCGUCCUCCUCUGCCUCCGUCCUCAAUGUGGCCUCCGUGCAGGGGAACACCCUGUGCGCCUCUUGCGGACAGGAGAUAGUGGACCGAUAUCUCCUCAAGGUGAACAACUUUUGCUGGCACGUGCGCUGCCUCUCGUGCAGUGUAUGCAACACAUCACUGGGGCGACACGUGAGCUGCUACAUCAAAGAUGAACAAGUUUUCUGCAAACUCGACUACUUCAGGAGGUAUGGGACCCGCUGUGCUCGCUGUGGCCGUAACAUCCACUCUAGUGACUGGGUGCGUCGGGCACGAGGCAGCACCUUCCACCUGGCCUGUUUUUCCUGCACCUCUUGUAAGCGCCAGCUGUCUACUGGGGAGGAAUGUGGACUACUAGAGAACAGGGUCUUCUGUCGGCCACACUAUAACAUCAUGAUGGAGAAUAUCCAACGUGCUAAGGAAAAUGAACAACCACUAGAAGAGGAAGAGGUGGCAGAGAAAGAUGAGUCCAGCACCAUGCCCAGACCUGCUAAGAGGGCCAGGACCAGCUUCACUGUUGACCAGAUACAGGUGAUGCAAACUCAGUUUGCUAAAGAUAAUAACCCAGAUGCCCAGACUCUCCAGAAACUGGCAGAGAGGACUGGUCUCAGCCGCAGGGUUAUUCAGGUUUGGUUUCAGAACUGUCGCGCUCGUCAAAAGAAAUACAUCAACCCAAAUUCUGCCUCCUCAACCUUGAUGGCAUCAUUUGCUCCUGGUCAGCUGACGCCACCUUUGAUGGAGGAUCUGCAAUACACAACCUAUAUUUCCCCAGAUGCACCCCUCCUCACUACACUCACAUAUAUGGAUGACCCACUUCUGCUUCAGCCACUCCUAUCCCAUUCGAUUACACAGCUGCCAGUCAGCCAUGCCUGAGCUACAGCCCGCCUCUUGAAAACUGAAGACAAUGACUGGCUGAUGAGAAGAUGAAGAGCAAAUCGUAACUCUUUAAUUAGAAGGUCCUGAGGAUUGGAGGUCUAAAUAACAGCAAUUAAGUUAAACAAUUAGUUUAAUUUUCAGUUGUGAGCAGACGCCUCAAAAUCAACAUGCUAAGCCACUGAAUUACUUUCAUCGAAUCACAGAGAUUCACAGGUGAGAAUAAGUUCUGACAGUCGAAGACAUCAAGUAAAAUAUGGUAAUAUGUGAGAUUUUGUGUUAAUAUGUAUAUGCUGUGCAUUUCUUUGCAUUUAAUUUAUUUGGAGAAUAUGAUAAGGCACUUUGUUAGAAAAAUAUGUAAAACUGAGUGGAUUUUGUUUUCAGUUAGAUGUUUAUUUAUGGAUGUGUUUGAUAAUACAAUUGUCAGCUGGGCACUUACAUGAGAGAGACAAUCAGGGGGUUUCUCUUCUCUCUUAAAGACUACUUUAGAAAAUUCAGGAUUGGUUUAUACUGUAAAUGGAAACCACUGGGGAUCACACAGAUUCUCCUUUUCCUUGUCAUUGACUUUAAUGAGUAGAAACGCCUCAUGCAGACCGCUCUCCAGUGUCCAAGUGUGUUAUUUUCAAAACAUCCACAUGUAUAAUUUUGGAUAAACAACAUUACUUAAGAUGCUUUUCAGUAGAGCAUGUGUUAAGCACAGAAAAGCAAUGCAAUGUGUAAAUGUUUCCUUAGAUUGGGAAUGUUCGAUAGAAGCCAUGUAUGAACUGCUCACUGGGGAUGGAGAGACCUUCACACUACAUGUUAAAGAUGCUGGAAAUUAAAGUUUGUGGCUGCAA